UUGUCUGGGGACUUUUGUCCAUUUACCCCCCACUCCAAAAAUCCCAGACCACGGGUGUGGAUGUUGCAUGUGAACCGCGAGUGUUCACGCUUCAGGAAGAAAACAAACCCCAAUUGGGGAUAGUCCAGCCUUUGACCUCCGCCUCGCCCCGAGCCCCAUUAUUUUGCACCUCGGCACCCGACUAGCGCGCGACCCCUGAGUCCUCCUUCACGCGGAUGCCGAAGGUUGGAGCAAAGGCUCAAGCCACAUCUUCUCCGCAUCAACAAAAAUACGAGGCAACAUGGUUACGAAGAGGGAGUUGUCUAAAUGGGACCGCUUAGCUUUGCUUGGGCUAUUUCCCCUAUUCGCGGCACGAUUGCUUGUAUUCUUCGCCAUUCGCAGAAGUCCCGCCCUUCAUUGGCGCCAAAGACUUGCUCUUUCGUUCCUCCAAGCCCAGAGGGCCACAUUCCCACCGCACUACCUCCGCUGGCUGAUCCGCCGCACCACGACUAGCGAGGCAAUCGUUGGAUAUUCUGUUAAGCAAGGCAUCCCGCACAAGUCUGUCACUCUCGAUGCCGCCACCACCGCUUACGGCGAUAUCCAGGGCGGAAUACCCGCCCCAACCAUUCAUUUCCUCACACCCACCUCGGUAAAGGAUGAUGGAGGCGGCACAACGCUCUUCUACUUCCACGGCGGCGGCUUCGUCAACCCCCUUCGCGGCCCAGCCCACAUGCCCUUCAUCAUGCGGUGUGCUGCAGCCUGCGGGGCCAAGCAGGCCGUCGUACUCGAGUACUGCCUGGCUCCGGAGCAUCCAUACCCGGCGCAACUAGUCCAAUGCAUUGCGGCACUUCGCUACCUCCUCGACGAGACGGGUCGGCGGCCGGACGAGCUCGUGCUAGCGGGUGACAGCGCUGGUGGACAGCUGAUCGGAGCGCUGCUCGCCCACCUGGUGCAACCGUCGCCUUAUGCGGCACCGGUAAAGCUCGACGGCAAGUUCCGAGCCGCCUUGUUCGUGUCUCCGUUCGUGCGACUACCGCCAACAACGGGGGACUACGACUCCUAUGAGACCAACAGAAAAAAGGAUUACAUUGACCGCCCGCAGGUGGAUGAGUUCAUGGGCGCAUUCAAGGGGAGAAAUGACGAAAUAUGGACAAAUCUGUGCCAUGGCAAAGGGUCAGAUGAUGUCUGGAAGCAAGUAUUUGCCCGGGGCCCUCAGGGGUUGGUUCGGAAGAAGAUGAUUAUUGUUGGCACGGCUGAGAUCUUGUUGGAUUGCUGUCGUGUAUUUGCGGAGACCCAUGUCCGUGCAGAGACCGUGGUUGCCAACCGGGACACGGACUGUCGGGAAUUUAAGGGGAAGGAUACGGUGCUGGUAGAGUGCGAAGGGGAAGUUCACGUCCAAGUAGCCUUGGACUCGGCGGUGGGUUAUCAGAAGGGAACCAUGGAGCGCGCCAUUAUGUCAUGGUUGGCAGGUCUCUAGCCCUGCAAGAAACGUACGGCGCAAGCCCCUCACUACCCUAGACCGCUACAUCCAUACCUCGGUCGUCGCGCCCUAGGCCGGACGAAACCCCUAGCUAGGUAGUUCCCCAUCCGCCUCCUUCCGGGAAGCCAUCCUCUAGAAUGUGCAUCAUCUGCUCAUUGUUGUAAAACCAGUCUUCGAGCUCAGUCCCGUUUCCCAUCCAGAUCAUCGGAUUAACACCCCUCUGGAACGCCGGAUCGCUGGCGUCGGUGGCGUUACC